AUGGCUGCAGAGAACGAUGACAUUGAGCGCCAGGCUGAGAAGCUAUUUGUGGCGCCCCCUGCUCGGUCCCGCGGUGUCCAUGCCGUCUUCUACAUUGCGAGUUGGAUCUUCUUUUCCAACCUGACCAUCCUUUUCAAUAAAUGGGUCAUUGACAACAAGGGUUUCAGAUACCCCGUCAUUCUCACUUUUUGGCAUCUCCUCUUCGCAACCAUCGCGACCCAGAUCCUAGCUCGCACGACCCGUCUCCUCGACGGCCGUAAGGCCGUCCGCAUGACUGGCCGCACAUACCUGCGCGCCAUCGUGCCCAUCGGCCUUCUCUAUAGCGCCUCGCUCGUCUGUUCCAACAUUGUCUACCUCUACCUCAGCGUGGCCUUCAUCCAGAUGCUCAAGGCUGCUGCGCCCGUCGCCGUGCUGCUAAUCUCGUGGGCCUGGGGCGUUGAGACCCCCUCGCUGCGGCGGUUCAUGAACAUCCUCGUCAUCGUCGCGGGCGUCGCGCUGGCGUCGUUCGGCGAGAUCGACUUCAGCUGGCCUGGGUUCUUCUUCCAACUGGGCGGCAUCGUCUUCGAGGGUCUGCGGUUGGUCCUGAUCCAGGUGCUGUUGACGGGAGACGAGCGUGGGAGCAUGGACCCGCUUGUGAGUUUGUACUACUACGCCCCCGUGUGCGCUGCCAUGAAUCUGGUCGUUGCGAUUGCAUCGGAAGGUGCCAAAUUCGACCCGUCCGAUAUUGCGCGCGCUGGCUGGGGUUUGCUGCUGUUGAAUGCCGCUGUGGCUUUCCUGCUCAACGUCAGCAGCGUAUUCCUAAUUGGCAAGACCUCGGGCCUAGUGAUGACAUUGACGGGUAUCCUGAAGAACAUCCUCCUGGUUGUGGUGUCAGUUGCUAUCUGGGCCACACCCAUCUCGCAGUUGCAGUGCCUGGGAUAUAGCAUUGCGCUGGCUGGGCUAGUAUACUACUCGCUCGGCUGGGAUCAUAUCAUUGCACUUGUCGGAACGUCGGUGACUUAUGCUCGAGGUGGAUAUGAGCUUCUGUCCUCUUCAAGCAGAACCGAAGCUGGUCACGGAUCGGCGUCGGACUACCCCUUUGCUGUGCGUAGGGGGACCGCCAUGGGCUUGGCGGCAGUUCUCGUUACCAUUUUGGUUGGAGGGUUUUUAUUUGGAGGGUCGGCGUCACAAAUUGGGACAGGGAAAACAUGGUCGGCGUGA